AUGCCGGGCCUAAUCGCCGUAAGCGAGUUCGUCGAGGAAACGAGGGAGGAUUAUAAUUCGCCUACCACGUCCACCUUCGUUUCCCGAAUGCCACAGUGCAGACAGACAAUCACGUCGCUCGAGGAGACGUUGGACUUCGACAGAGAUGGCCUCACGAAACUGAAGAAAGCCAUCAAAGCCAUCCAUAAUUCUGGAAAUGCUCACGUUGAUAACGAGGUGUACCUAGGAAGAGCACUGGAAAGGCUCGGAGAUGCCGCUUUGAAAGAACAGGAGCCAGAUAUCGGCGCUGCUUUCUUAAAGUUUGCAGUGGUCACGAAAGAAUUAAGCGCUCUAAUGAAAACUCUAAUGCAGAACAUCAACAACAUCGUGAUGUUCCCGCUGGAUUCGGUACUGAAGGGAGAUCUUCGAGGUGUGAAAGGUGACUUGAAGAGGCCGUUCGAGAAGGCGUGGAAGGAUUACGAAGCUAAAUAUGCGAAAAUCGAGAAGGAGAAGAAACAACACGCGAAAGAGGCUGGCCUCAUUCGAACGGAAGUAACGCCGGCCGAGAUCGCCGACGAGAUGGAGAAGGAGAGAAGAUUGUUUCAAUUACAAAUGUGCGAGUAUCUUAUAAAGGUGAACGAAAUAAAAACGAAAAAAGGAAUUGAACUGCUUCAGCAUCUAGUCGAGUAUUAUCAUGCACAAACCAAUUAUUUUCAAGACGGCCUAAAGACCAUCGAACACUUUGGCUCGUACGUGGCAGAUCUCAGUGUGAAGUUACAGAAGAUCAGGCAAACGCAAGACGAGGAGAGAAGACGUUUAACAGAACUAAGGAAUCUUCUUAGAAGCUCUGGUUGUGACAAAGAGUUAAAUGUGAACGCGAAUGCAGGGUAUUCGCUUCACCAGCUUCAAGGAGAUAAGCAACACGGCGUCACUAGAUCCGGCCAUCUUUUGAAGAAAAGCGAAGGAAAAAUGAGGAGAGUUUGGCAAAAAAGGCGGUGCGCGGUUCAAGCAGAGGGUUAUCUCGAUAUCUGUCAUGCGGAUGAAAAUAAACCGCCGACGAGAGUGAAUUUAUUAACCUGCCAGAUCAAGCUAGUGCCGGACGACAAACGGGGCUUUGAUCUUAUUAGCUACAACAGAACGUAUCACUUUCAAGCGGAAGACGAAGCAGAUCAGCGUGCGUGGAUGUCUGUUUUGGUAAACUGCAAGGAGCGUGCUUUGCUUCGAGCAUUCGACGCUAGCGGCAAAGCGGAGGCUGGCACAGGAAAUCCGAGUUUAGUUGAACUUCAACAGGCUGUAAUACGAUGUGUGAUGAGGUUACCUGGAAAUGAUCAAUGCUGUGACUGCUCCUCGCAAAAUGAUGCCACGUGGCUCUCCACAAACUUCGGCAUAAUCGUGUGCAUAGAAUGUAGCGGAAUUCAUCGGGAUUUAGGAGUUCAUAUAUCCAGAAUACAAUCUCUCACGCUGGAUAAUGUGGGCACUGCUCAGCUACUUCUUGCACGACACAUGACCAAUCAGGUGUUUAACGAAGUGAUGGAAGCCACCUUACACCAUAAUCACAAACCAACACCAACAUCGACGAUGGAAGAGAGGUACGACUUUAUAAGGGCUAAAUACGUGGACAAAAGAUACGUGAUGAAUACCUGCGCGGAUGAACGAGAUCUUCUCUCUGAUUUGGAGCAUGCAGUGAAUAAUCGCGACUUGCAACAACUUCUGCAAGUUUACGCCGAAAAUGUAGAUCUAUCUGCACCGUUGCCCACCUCGGAUGUCGGCGAAACAGCUUUACAUUUAGCCGUUUUACGUGAAAUGGGAAACAGCUUGCACAUUAUAGAUUUUCUCGUGCAGAACAUGUCGACAGGUGGCAUAGACAGAACUACCAUCGACGGAGAAACAGCGUUGCAUCUCUGCGCGAGGCAUGAUAGAGCAGAGGCGAUGAAGUUGUUGCUACGAGCAGGCGCCGACCCAACCCACCGAAAUAAGCAAGAUAAAACUCCACUCGAUAUUGCACAGGAAAUGGGGCACCAUACUUGUAAAGAACUGCUGAGUCACGCUCUACAAAGACAAAAGACAUUGUUCGAUAAUGUUAAUAUCGAUUGGAAUCUCUCACACGACGAAGGAUCUACCGAUUUCUCGGAUGACGAAACAAUAAUAGAAGACAGAAAUGGGUGUUUAACACCUGAAAAGAAAACUCGCAGUCGGCCACCUUCUUAUGUGGGUGGCAGCGGUGGCAGUGGUGGUGGUGGUGUUGCUGGAUCAGGAGAUUCGCCGGUAACAUUACGCAGUCGAAGUAGUACCUGUGACAGCUUGCAGAGCGGCUCUUCUCCAAGUUCUUCGACGAAUAGGCAACAAAUGCCUCCACCACCGCCACCUCAAUCAAGGAAACCUGUUGCUGUACCAGCUCCCAUGGCGCCCGAUAUUUCAGUCAAUAUUCACGGAUCGUUGAAGAAGCGCGUAGCACCGCCACCACCACCAUCCGGAAGUACAGGUGGUAUACCCUCCUCUCAUUACGGUACACUACCUUCGUCCGCGUCCUUAGCAGCGUCAACGCAUAGCCGUACAACGAGCGAACCGAUCUUAGCUGGGCAUUCUUUACAUACUCUACCACAUGCGUUAAAUACAUUAAACAGUCAGCAUCAUAAAAGAUCGCCCAGUGGAGAUUCUUCAACGGGACACGGUGCUGACAAAAUAAACAGCUCGACACUCCAAAGACCACGGAAUCCGCCGCCACCAGCCCCAUCUGGUAUUAAUUCGUCGAGAUUGAGCAACGGUCGUAGCAGCGAAUCAUUGAGUUCUAUGUGUUCGGAUCACGGUUUGGGUAAUCCAGUUCCACCUCCACGCAAGCCAACUUCGUCGACACUGAGCGGUCUACGACGGUGUCGAGCACUGUACGAUUGCGAGGCUGACAAUGAGGACGAACUAUCGUUCCGGGAGGGUGAAGUGAUCAUCGUCACGAACGAACAGACAGACGAUGAUAACUGGAUGGAGGGAGCGUUAGAACGAGCACCAGACAGGAGAGGGAUGUUCCCGAUCAGUUUCGUGCACAUGUUGCAAGAUUAACAUUCGGUAAGCCUGAACUCGUUAGCAAGCGUUUCCAGUACUGCCAGCUCUGUCAGCGUUGCUAGCCUCGGCAGAAAGUGUUGGAUCAGGAGAUCCAAGGAUUGAAGAUCAACGAUCGAGGAUUAA